AUGCCCGUUACCUCGUUCUACGUCAACUUGCCACCCUUCCACCAGACUACCCAUCAUGUCGUCCAACUCCCUUCCUUAACUCGCGACGUUAAUCGAUCAGACUCAAUCGUGCGCUUAGAAGAAGAUGGUCGUCCUAGGUCUCAAUCUUUCGAACAAGAUGACCCACUCGAAAAGUUUACUGCGGAUCGUCAACCUCAGCUUUCGAAUCCCAACCGUGAAAGGAUCCCUCAGCCCGAUACUUCACAGGACGUUCAGCCGACCCAUGAUCCUAUAUCUAACUCCUUGAACGAUGACAGGGAGAUCCAAGCUUUCUUGAACACCGUUAUCCGGGUCUCUGACCUCAAUCCGCCACUGUCGACUGCGCACACGGUCGACGAUAUUAGUUCUUUAGGACUCGACCCAUAUGAAACAAAAAUUGCCGAUGUUAGAGAUUCUUCCGUGCUCAACAUGCAAAUGGCUCCAACCAAAAUUCCACGUGCGGAUGUUAUGACUGACUUCGCACUCAUUCCAUUGGAGGGUCCAACGGAAGCACCAGGAGCCGGAAACUCUGAUCAAAGCCCCUCGGCUCAUUGCCCCCCCGAACACAAUUUACCAGUGUCUCGCGUGAGAGCUUCUGGACAGUUGAUCGAGAAGAACGACAUCGCAGUCGGAAGUUCAAUGGAAUUAGGAUUGUUGAACACUCGUCUAUGGAGUGAUGAAGGGGUGAAGGGGGUGCCCGAGUCCAUCUCUUCAGCACUUCGUCAUAGACGCACAGUCUUUCGCCGGGAUCCAUACCCUAUUCGGUCAAAAUCUUCCAAUAUACGUCAAAGUCACAGCACCACUACUUCAGAUGAGUACGAUGGCUCCAUUUUCACGCUUCCCUUGAUGUAUAGUGGUAGCAUCAACGAAGCUGUGAACAUCAAUUCAACCUUUUGGGUUGACAUUUUCCACUCACGAAAGGUUAAAGCCAAGACGUUUUACACUUGCUGGUACUUAUACAGUACCCGUUCCCCACUCGACUUACCACCUACCCUUUCCCCUGGUCCCAGAGGGCCUAAGCAUAACUAUCUCUUUGUGCAUGUCAACGAGGCUCAGAGAGAGAACCUUAAUUCCACUCCUGCUGUCACUGACGGGCGCCCUACCCUUCUGAAAUGCAUGACAAUGUGGAUAUGGAACAGCAUCGCCGAGAGAUGGGAGCAUAUUAAUUACGGCGAGGAACGUUUCAUCGCAGAUGCGAAAUCACCUUAUUGCGUCUCCUUAUAUCGGGAAACCAUACAUCCGGAGUGGAUUACCAAGAAGGCAAUGAACAAGAUUCUCAAAAAGUAUCGAGGGUUUUAA